AUGUUUGACAAUCCCAGUUUGUACAACUUCACCAAUUAAUUGGAUACGUUGUAGGGAUGUUGGUCUCUCUCAUCUGUUGCUUAGAAAGACAAAGGCUCAACGGGGGGCUGUUCACACCUGCCUGUGUUGCCGGAGUAUAAAUGACGCUUCUUCAGAUGGGCCAGUCAUUCAUUUUCCGGCUGGAACUCGGAACAACAACUAGGUUUUUUUCUCAACAGUCCUCAGAGAGCAACUUUGAAACAUGCAAGUACCGACCAGACCAGUGGGAACUUGCGGAUACUCCGUGCGUAAUUACGCGCCGGCCUCGCUGUGCUCGCAGAGCCACGGGAGCCGCUGCGCUGCUGCCACGAAGGCUCCCAGCGGAAAGUCUUUCACCAUCGAGGCUCUGCUUGCCAAGCCGGAGGAGACAGCACCCAGAGAUCGGAGCAGUCCAGCUCAGUGCGGGGUAAAAUACCAUCCAGCUGCGCACCAUCUGCCUCUCGUUGGUUUACCGAUUCCACCAGCACCAUACCUCUAUUCACCAAACGCGUUGCAACCCAGCAUUCACCCGCAGCCUGGAUAUUCUGUCUACUGCCACCCACCUUUCACCUACGCACCAUCCUGCCGAGCAGGAUUUUACGCACAAGCUACCAUGCCCAAAGUAAACGGUAAAGGAGGCAAGUCGAAACGCAUGCGCACCAGCUUCACCAGCGAGCAAUUGUCCCGACUGGAGAAGGAGUUCGCCCGGCAGCAGUACAUGGUGGGAUCUGAGAGGUUCCUCCUGGCUUCCUCUCUGCAGCUCACAGAGGCUCAGGUCAAAGUCUGGUUCCAGAACAGACGCAUCAAGUGGCGCAAACAGAGUCUGGAGCAGCAGCAGGCCAAACUGGCCAAACUGGGUCUGGCUGCUCCGCCAAAGAGUCCCGGAUCUCAGGGCCACGGAGACGAAGGCGACGAGGAUUUCUCCGACUCGGAUGUAGAUGUUGAUGUAUCCGAUGACUCUGUGGACCACCGCUGACCAUUGCAGUGGGACUUCUGAACAAAGACUUAAUUGUACAUUGUCUUGAGGAAGGAUACAGCUGUCUCCAGCCAUGACUAUUUAAUAGAUUUAUAUGUAUAUAUUUAAUUUUCUACAUUUAUUCCUUGGAGAUGAGAUCAUAUCAUGUAACGCUUUAUAUCUGACAUAUUUUUAAAUAUAUUUUAGGAUUUUAAUUCCAACUCAGUUGUGUUUAUUUUUUUCUCCUCUGCACUUUACAUCAAAAUGAAAAAAAUAUACUUUUCUGCUUUUAAUCAUUUAAACCCUAAGUUGGGUGACUUACGUUCUAUUAAAGCUGUUAGUAGUUUUAUGAAACUUUUACA